CUGUUUGCGCGAUUUCUUUAUUGUUCAUGUUUUUUCUCUCUCUGUGUGUUUUGUAUAUUCUAGUUUUGCACUUUUAUUUACCUAUAACAAACAUUGAAUUCAUUUGUACAUUUUGUGAAGCACGCACAUUCGUUCGUCGAAAUGUUUGUAGCACUGACUGCGUUAUGUGAAAGGUUAUCAAAAUGGAGUUCAUGUACUUUCCCCACAUUCACAUCAGCCAAACAAAUCUGUUGUUCAUUAUUUUACUUGAUAAAGAAACCAGACUUUAUCAUACAAAAUGAAGGUUCAACAGAGCUUACUAUCUAGCCUUGUCUUAUCGUAUCCCCUUUGUUGGGUUUCCGAGUUAUCUUUCCACCUACUCAGGGAAGAGUUCAAUUCUCAUGAAUGACCUUUUGCGCUUCACCCCGUGGCUAUAAAAAUCGACAUGGCUGAUCAGCAGGUAUUGCCACCGGCCUUCGUUUGAACCACUUGAACGAUAUCAUUGCCGGAAAAUUGUUGAACCCCUGUGUCAUCCUUAAAUUGUAACCGAGCUACCUAGUCAGGAUGGGAGGAUACGGGACAGUUACUCUGCUUCUCUUUGUAUGUCCAGCUUCCCUCGCGUUCAUUUGGUCCACGGAUAUCCAAGAUGGCGCUGAGCUGUACGCAUGCGUGGGAGACACCGUGACGUUUCCAUGGAACUUUGCUCUUGCCGACGGACAGGUAGUGGAGGAUAUCAAGUGGUAUUUCCAGAGGGAGGGCUUUUCCAGACAGAGCGUAGCGGGGACAGUCGAUGGCACCUUCUUCUCGCUGCCGGCCUUUGCUCGCCGUCUGGAUCACGUGACCGCCGCCGGCAUCCAACUGAAGAACGUCACAGAUGCAGACACGGGCAACUACUCUGUGGUGGUCACCGUCCUUAACGGAACGACAUACUCCACAUUCCAGCAUACCUCGUCUUUAACUGUCGCAGCUGACGCCUUGGUAGCUAGGCGGGGAUCGGAUUUGUUGCUGCAGCAGCAGAGAGUCGCCGUGUACGACAACAGCACGCGCCAGUUUCACGUGCAGCUCAUCUGUGGGAACUUCCGCAUCACUGGAUACCCUCCCGUGGCGGUGGAGUUUACGUAUCCUUCAGGACAGAAAGAUAUUGUUUCGGUCAACAACAGGGGGAACUUCUCUCUCCUGCUGCCUAACCCAGUAGAGGGAGGUACCUACACCUGCCGACUUCUCGCGGACUAUCCGCCCGUCUCCUGUCUGCCCGCCAGCAGCAACGUUCUGUCCAGUGUAACUGUGAGCAUCGAUGAGGUGAGGGCGCGCAUGUCGCUGAUAGAGGCCGAGCAGAGGGCGCUUCUAGCCGACAACGAUCAGCUGAGGAAAGAGAACUCUGACCUCAGAGACAUGCUAGAUAACCAGACGCAACUUUUCCUACAGGAAGUGUCUGAACUGACGAAGGAGCUCAACGAGCUUCAGGAAGAAAAAGCUCUCGGCCACACCAGUUUCCACGUCCAGCUGUCGACUGACGUCUCGGCGUCUAGUUCCCACCCUGUCCUCUUCGACAGGAUCAUCAACAACAACGGAGAGGCAUACAACUCGUCCACCGGCCGCUUCACCGCCCCUCGUAAUUCCACCUACUUCUUCGCUGCUACUUGUGCUGCCACCAACUCAGAUGUCAGCUUUUCCAUGCAUACACUGACGAGAAAAGUGUGUCAGGCGCGGGCUCCCUAUGGGAGACUUUAUAACGACAAUAACCGUCAGUGGUCAGCCACGUGUCACGCCUCGCUGCACCUCGCUGAAGGAGACGAGGUGUGGGUGGAGGUCGACUCCUCUGUCAAUGUCGGCGGCACUUACUCCUCCUUCAGCGGCUUCUCCGUCGACGUUGUUUGAUGUUCUGCAACAAAUGUCCUGUCUCCAGCACCUUCUUGACUGCAUGUCAACAUACGAUUUGUCACAUCGAGCACCAAUCUGAGUGGUUUUAAUGAAAUAGCGAACAAAAUACUUUAUAAGACAUGAACAAAAUAUAAUUCAAGGAGGCACAUAGGCAAAAAUACAAGACCCAAUACACACCAGAUGAAAGACAAGAUACAAUCUACAGAACGCAGAGCGUUAGCUGCAAGACAUACAAAACAGACACCAGAAGCAAAAUUCACAUAAAAAUGUAAAACACUAUAUGCAAAAAGCAGCAAGAUUAAAAGUACAAGCCUCAAUAUAUCAAACAAGAAGCACGAUACAAAAUCAAGACGGAGGAUAGAAGGUGCAGUAAGUAAUAUGCGGUAAACACAGAGGAACUUCAAAAGAUGACAGUGAUACUUUUAUCUGUGAAGACAUUGACCUGGCAAAACAAUCUAAUAAAAGAAAAUAUUUUAAAAUGGCA